AGAAGAGGUGCUGCAAUCCGUACAUCAUCACGCAGCUUACGUGUACAAUAAGCAUGAUGUGUUGGAACUAGAGGAGCGUCCUUGGUGCGACAAAACACCGCGAGUGUCGUGUACUCAAAAAGGAUGCUCGGUUCGUCUGCUGCUCGGGCGUUGUGCACCUGCGCAACCCCGAAGUACAACAACUCUGGUCCCUGGCACAUCCGAGAACAGCAGGAGAACGACGAUGAUAGUUUGCAAGAAGACAGCGGCAGGCCGACACACGAUUUCCAUUUCGGUCGAACACCUUCGCAAUGCAGCGCCGCGGCCACAGCAUCUACAUCUUCAUCACACGCAUCCCGUCCCGCUGAAAGAUGGAGCGUGUACCUUCCACCUGCCGAUGCCUCUACUACGUCCGGCCGCACCAUUUCUGCUCUUCUUCGAAGACUCAACAUCAUUCCAUCCGCUCUGCUCGAGCAAGACCUCUGCCUGUGUGAACAAGCACAAGCAGGUCGAAGGGUGUCUUCCCGCAGUCGCAGAUCUGUCUCCCCGCAGCAAAAGCAAUCCAUCGCCGAUUUUUACAAAAAAUACGAAAUCCAACGCGGAAAAAUCACAAACAUCCACAACCUCGGGGAAGGCGCGUUCGGGUCGGUGAUGCGCUGUCAGCACCGCCAGAGCAAGGCGAAACGGGCGGUAAAGGUGGGGGAUGCGGAGGACUUGGACAGCUUCAAACUCUGGUCGCGAUUGGGGAGACAUGAGAACGUGGUGGAACUGAUAGAACAGUUUGACUCAUCGACGACAAGUACAACUACCGGGUCAAUAGACGGAAUAAACGGCGGUCCACCCCCGGGCGCCUCAAAUAAGGGAAAAGCACCCACCGACUCAUCCGACAAGAAGCAGAUCGCCGUGAUGACGCUUUGCUACGGGUCAGACCUCUGCGAGUGGUUGUUGAACUACCUGGAACAGCACGCGCACGACACGACAAACGACCGGAGACUGCCAAGUUAUUCGAAGAUUUUGAAACUGUUUCUCCAAAUGCUGGCCGCCGUGGAGCAUUUGCACAGCAACAACAUCGUGCACCGGGAUAUCAAAUUAGAAAAUUUUCUCUUCGAGAACGCGGCGGAGGAGAAGUUGCGACUCUGCGACUUCGGGGCUUUGGUGGAGUUGGAAUUGGAGGAGGAGAACGGUGCACAAAAUUCAUCUCUUGGGCUUCUUCACCCGUCGGAUAACAACUCCACCCAGUUCUACCAGGAAAAGAAAGACCUGGUCGGCACCAUCCAGUACCUCGCUCCGGAGUGCAUUCACGCCGGAGUCUACAGCAAGAAAUCCGACGUCUACGCUUUGGGCGUGGUUCUCUUCGUCCUAACCACGGGCCAAUUCCCCUACGCGAUCGAUGAGAAGAGGGCGCUGAAGGAGAGGGAAAAUUUCCAGUUUCCGGCGGUGAAAUGGAAGAAGAUAAAGGAUUUCGGGAGAAGUAGUUCUUCAAGUUCGUCCUCCUCCAGUUCUGAGUCGAAACAGGCUGAUCAUUUGAAGAAAAUUCUCCAGAACAUGCUGAACCCGAAUGUUGAGAAGAGAUACGACCUCGAGCAGGUGAAGCAAGCGGUUCUGCGGGAACGGCAUUCCAUCGUCCGACGGUAUUCGAGCGAGAAAAUCGCAGAGCAGGAAACGCAGAUCCAAAUCGCGAAGUCGGACCGGAUUCUGGACAAUGAAAUCCUGAAAUCCGCGAGAAGUCGGAAACGGUAUUUGAACCUGAAGCCGAACGAACUACUGUUCCAUGAGGGGGACAAAAUCGUUGAUGAAAGUCUCUUAUGCUGUGCAAAAGUAUCGUAUUCGUAUUGCAAUCGUGCAUUACAUUAAGUCGAAUCCGCAUUACAAAUUUUAUUUGUCAUCCUGAGGAAAUUUGUAAUGCAUUCAUACGAGUACGAUGCUUUUGCAUUGCAUAUCUCUACGUGAUCCAGAAGGGGCAAUUAGAGAUCCAGAAGCAGGGGGUGCUGAUUACGAAUUUGCAGGAAGGGGCAGUCGUCGGCGAGAUGUCGCUGCUUUUGAAUAAAACGGAAAGAACCGCAACGGUAACAGCGGGGUUGCAGGGAGCGCAGUUGUUGAAGGUGGAAGCGGAAGAUAUUCUGCACCAUGAGGAAGGUAGAACUUGUGUUGCAGCUGCUGCUUGUUCUUCAAGUUAUGUCUUACGCUGGUAUGACCACCAUGAUAAUCUUGAUCUUCUUCUUCGUUUAUCGCUCAUGAUGUGUAUUCACACGAUAAAAUCCUCAUUAGGUAACUCUUCCCAUUCCCUCCGCAUGCGCGCCUUGGCCGAGAUGGCAACCGUUCGGCUGUCGCAAACCGAAACGCUGCAGUACCUGGAAAACGUCUUCCCAGAUUCCCAUCCGGAUUUCGUCCGGAAACUGCUGGUUUUGUUCGAUAGGCAGGAGAAUUUUGUUUGUUUCCAACCAGGUGAUUUCCUGUUCCACGAGGGGGAUACCGAGGACCACGCGGAAGAGGAACAUAAUCAGCAUCAUGGCGCUAAGACAGUAGAUGCAGCGAAUAGGAAUAAACCACAUUCCGCUUCUCCUUUCCGCAACACACAACUCUACAACGCGUUCGCAGCGAGCCGCAAGCACAGAUACGUGUACUUCGUCAGGUCGGGGGAGCUGGGUGUGUAUCUGGGAAGAGAUGAAAAUCUGCAAAAUAAAAUCGCGACGGUGAAACAAGGGUCUGUCAUAGGGGAGAUGUCGGCGGUUUUAGCCAAUCUCUACCCGGAGAUCUACGGGAAAAAACGAACCACGAGUGUGAAAGCUCUGACGUUUGUGGAGCUCAGCAUCGUCGAUUUUUCCGAGAUAGAAAAACUCCUGGACGAGUUUCCGGAUGAAAGGGCGAAAUUUGAAAAGCGGGCGGAGCGGAAACACCAGGAAAAUAUAGCGAAGUUCGGGAAAACGGAUUAUGUGAGGAGGACGAAGGAGUAGACGGAUGGCUGUUCUGAUUGUGGAGCGGCGAACUUUUGUUCCACAACUGCAGGCAGUACCACAAGUGUUUCAUAAUGACGUCGAAUGUACAAUUUUACUUCGUCAAUAAUGAUGAUGUGUUUCAAAGUUUAUGUCAUAAACUGAAAGACAAAGAGUGGAUUGCUUUACGAGAAGCGGCGACAUUGCCGUGAUCGAUCAAUGUACAAUUAACAAUCAGGACGAGUGCGUGUAGAAUUGAUAAGCUACGAACACCAGAAUAGACACACAAGGCUAAAAUCAUAGUGCCUUUUUAUCCCGCAAAU